CUGCAAAGCUACUUCCUGUGUCUGAGCUCGGAAAGUGAAAGAGUUUUGCGCGUGAUAGUUGAGUGAAACUCCCCUGCAGGUGGUGGCCACGGCCUGCGAUCCAUGGCAGAUAUGCAGUUUGUACUUUCGCUGCUUAUAGUCCUCCUGCUCAUGUCGACAGGCGAGCCUCAAGGACACGGGAGUCUACGCUUUGUUGGCAUUGGUGACUGGGGGGGUAUCCCAGGUAACCCAUUCUUCACCCCCCUGGAGAGGGCAAAUGCUGUCGAACUGGGAAGAGUAGCUGAUGCCACAGGCCUCGACUUCAUCCUCAGCCUGGGUGACCACUUCUACUACAGCGGUGUGAAGGAUAUUGAGGAUUUUCGCUUCAAGGUGACAUUUGAGCAGAUCUUCAAUCACUCAUCGCUGCUUAAGCUCCCAUGGUAUCUCGUAGCAGGAAAUCACGAUCACAUAGGAAAUGUCUCGGCACAAAUAUCUUAUUCCACAAAAUCUCCAAGAUGGCACUUUCCUGAGCUCUAUUACAAGCUACAGCUGAAAAUUCCACAGACUUCCUCAUCGUUGACAAUCCUCAUGAUUGACACAGUGGUGCUGUGUGGCAACACUUACCAGGAAUCUCAGCCGCAUGGCCCAGAGAACCAUUUGGAUGCUGCCAAGCAACUCAGCUGGAUCCAAACACAGUUGGAGAACACUAAGUCAGAGUUCCUGGUAGUUGCAGGUCACUACCCGGUGUGGUCUAUCGGACACCAUGGUCCCACACACUGCCUAGUGGACAAGCUGAGGCCCUUGUUGAAGAAACACAAUGUCACGCUGUAUCUGAGUGGCCAUGAUCACAGCCUACAGUUCAUCCAGGAGGACGAUGGCAGCGCGUACGCCGUGAGCGGCAGCGGCGCCUUCGAUGACCGGUUCGCGCCGCACAGGCGCAGCUUCCCGGCUUCCUGGCUGCGCUUCUCUAGCGCUGUCAACAAUACCUCCGGAGGGUUCGCUUACAUCGAGGUCUCACAGGAAAAAAUGCUCGUCAGUUACAUCCAAGUAGAUGGAAAAUGUGUUUAUCAAGCUACUUUGCCAAAACGCAAAAUCUAAUCACGCAUCUAACCGAUCGCACGCAUCUGGCAUGACUCAGACAACUUCAGACUCACACGCUCACGCAAAACUUUUUUAUGGUAAAUCUAUAUGGCAAAUAUCUAUAUAAUCCCUAUUAUUCCAUUAUGAACCUAAAAUUGGAUACAUCGAAAGCGUUUAGCGGGUAGUUUGCAAACCCUACAGACUGUUUAUAAUGUAGUAAAACUCUUACAUACUUGUAAAUGCGUGUGCAGACUUGUCACGAAUUGAAAAUCUCACGCCAGCCAGCUGACCAAAGUUGGCAACCCUGUUUUUGUUUUUCAUGUGUUUGAUCGGUAUUGGGUUUUUAUGUGUUUGAUGUUUGAUUUGAAGCUGUUGAAUGUAUGUUGCUAAACCCAGCAUGUGGAACCGGAUUUUCAAAAAUGUGUCCGAAGUGAAGAUGACAGCAUGGACAAUAGACGGGAACAGGAAUACAAUCUUUGUAUAAUAAAAUAAAAGUAUAUGUUAUUAUUUUAUCAGUA